GGCGAGCGGACGCGGCGACCCGCGCGGAUACAUCUUGGACGCACUGGACGAUGAGGCGGAGAGGCGGAGGACCACUGCUGAGCCCGAGCCUGGGCUCCUCCGGUCGCUCGUGCCGCCUCGGUACCUGCUGGACGACGAGGACGCGGAUCUCCACCUGAGGUGCGUCUUCGUCGUCCGCGUCGCUGGCACGUCCGAUGGUGGUGGUGGAGGAGCCUACGGUCUUUGCCGCGCGGCGAGAGACCACCUCGCCGGGGCCGAGUACGCGUGCGCCGUGGUGGCGUGGAGGGGCGGGGACGCCGGCGUGCUCGUGUACGACGACGCGGACGCCACGGAGUUGGUUGCCAGGAGGGCGCCGCGGUUGCUCGUCAGGACGGGCCUCCGGAUGCUGGACUCCUCCUCGCUGCUGCUCCCGGACGAGGGUGGCACGUCGUCCUUGCUCCGUCUCCUGCUUCCGCCGUACGUGAUCACGCAGGCGGCGGCGGCGCAGCAGGAAGAGUACAGGAGCCGGGUGAUUCUGCUGAGAGGGCUGGGCACAGAGCGGUGGCAGUGUGACGCGGCCCAGAUCGCCGACUGGCUGGAGCACCGGGUGGAGCUGAGGCACCAGGUGGAGGCCGUCGUGAUCCACAGGGCCAUGGGUGUCGUGGUGGUCGUGCUCGGGAGUCCGGAGGAUGUCGAGCUUCUGCUGCAGGAGCCUCCCGAGACAUGGCUGCACGCUCCUGGGAUGAGAUGGGGUGAUGAUGAUGAUGAUGAUGAGAUGAGAUGGGGGCUUUCUCCUCACUGUCUGAUGAUGACAUGGCUGCACGUUUCCCGGUUCCUGACGCCGCCGCCGCAGCAGCCGCCGCAGCAGCUCAGCUUCAGCACGAGGGACUGGGCGGGUCCCGUGGCCUACUGCCAAGCCAAGAACUGGCUAUCCGACGAGUUGAUGUCUCCAGGACCAGGAUACCAUGUGAACAGGGUGGUCGAGGCCAGACGGAUCGUGCACAAGCUCAUCGCGCUGUGUGCUCUCGCGAACCCUGCUACCGUCUGGAGCAGCAGCUUCCCGGACAGGUCCUUGAUCCUCUCAGGUAUCCCAAUGUACACGGACCGCGCAGAUCUGGAGGCUCGGCUGUCCACCACCUUUGGUGCGAUGGAUGAUCUAGUCCACGCCCGUCUGAAGGGGGGUCGCAGUGGCCGUGUUCAAGUCUUGGCAUGGGGCAGCAAGGCUGGGACGGAGGCCGGCUGAGGACUGGUACAGCUUGGGGUUCACCGACUGCAGACGGGUGCCAUACGCCGCCUACACUCAUGACUUCAUUGCAGCUGUCAUUGUAGAUAAGUUGGCCCGGCUCCGGAGCCUCUACGGACCAUCUCCUUGACCUCAGCGGAUAGCCAGCCCAUUCAUGCAUUCUUCUUGCUUUCAGGCUGUGUACAUGAAAACAUUAGACUGAUCACCUCCUCCUUAUAUUAGUUGCUUUAGGCUGCUGCACUUUCAUGUGGUUGAUUGGUUGGAUUGAAGUAUACACCACCUGUUGGAGUCCCGUUUCUCGCUUAUUCCUUCAGUAGAGUAGGCAAUCUUUGAAGCCGUUUCUCCAGUUCUUCCCCAUUUGAGAUUAUUGACUAUGAAUACAAUCUUGUUGAUGCAUGGCUCAUUUGGUUCCCACAUUAUUCUUCCCCGGAAAAUGAUGUGCACUCCCUG